AUGGAGGCGCAGCAUGAUCACGUCCCCUCGCCGGGCAAUGCCUACUCCGCCCAUGGUUCCGAGGUUCCACCCAUGAGGAUGCCACACAUGGAGUUUGUCUAUCGCAUCGUAGCCGACAUGGACUCGGAAGGAAUCUCGGAAAUCCCUGGUGUUGACGGCACUAGUGUUAGCAGAAUAGUGCUUCCAAUUCAUGGCGGUUCCGUCAGCGGACCUCGGAUCCAGGGCAUCAUCGUUGAGAAGAGCGGGGCAGACUGGGCACAAGUAGUUAAUCCUCAGAAGACCUUUUGGCGACUCAACGCAAACUACACGCUGCGAACCGACGAUGGCUUUUACAUCCUCGUCCAGGCCACGGGCAUCUUCCGCACUGGGCCUGGGGUCGCGAAUGAGGUAGUGGACAAGAAGACGGUGUCUCAGGAUGACGUCGAGUAUUUUACAAACAUCAAGUUUGAGGCGCCGGGCGGGAGUCCAUAUGGUUGGAUGAAUGGCAUUGUGGCGAUGGGAGUCAUGACGAUGUGGGAGGGGAAACCAGUGAUUGACUGCUACCGGUUGACAAACUUUCCGGGGCAACCAGCCUUAGAUGUGUAG